GUUGCAACGCGCACUUGGUCCACUUACGAAAUAAUUUCGGGUGUGUAUGCACGAAUGGGCGUCGGUAUAUAAAGUCUAAGUUUUGUUCGGAACUGCAUCAGUCGCGCACUGCUUGCAAACAGUUCAACAGUUCAUCAGUCCUAAAGCAGCUCCAACAGCAAGCAUGGCUUUCAAAGUGGUCCUUCUGUCCGCUCUGGUGGUCGUCAGUGCCAGCGCUAUCAGUCAACCACUGAUAUUAUCUCCACAAACACCAUUGUCUUACUACGCGAAACAAGCAUCUUUGGAACUCCACGAUAUCGGCGAUCACGAGAAAGACGAUUACCACUACGAUUCUCAUCCUCGCUACCAGUUUUCCUACGACGUACACGACCGGCACACCGGUGACAUAAAAUCGCAGCACGAAGUUCGCGACGGCGACCGCGUCGAGGGCAGCUACUCUCUCAUCGAACCCGACGGUAGCAGGCGCACCGUCAAAUACACCGCCGACAAGCACAUCGGUUUCAACGCUAUCGUCCAGCGCGAACAUGCUCAUCAGCCAGCUUUCAUCUCUAAAUAUCAGCCGACCCUGAUUUCCAAAUAUCAACCAGCACUGAUAUCGAAAUAUCAGCCACAUCUGAUCUCCAACUAUCAGCCUCUCGAUUUUCACGGACGAUCUUACUACUAGAAGAAAUUUAUAUUAAUAUUCUUUGGCUCCACUGGGACGGUUGGUAUCACGUCAGGGCUCCGUUGAGGGAAAUUUACAUCUUUCCAACCAGAACGUUUAUUAAAGAUAAUUUUAUAUUUGAUUUCUCGUUCAAAAAUGAACUGAUUCGCUUUUUAACAGUGGAAAAUAACGAAACAAAUUUUUUUAACGUCAUUAUUUUCACGAUUUUGUCUCUAAGAUAUCACAACUCCUCAUGUUUUUCUUCAAUAUCGUUUAUAUUAGUUCGAUGACCAGUACUUUUCUCUUCAUAUAUCAAUUGAAUAAUAGUAUAGGACAAUAUUAUGGCUUUUGGAAAGAAUCCAUCAUUCGUUAUUAAAAUUAUUAGAAGCAAAAUGAACGCGCAAUCCUUGCCGAUGUAUAACGAUUUAACUUUGACAAUUUAUCUCGCUUUAUUUAGGUCGAAAACAUAUUUAAUUUUAUAGAAUAUGAAAGCUCGUGAAAAAUAUUAUCUAUGCAAAUAUUUUGGUUCGAUUCUGUUGUAAAGCAAAAUUGGGUGAAACCACUUAAAUCAGAAUGUUAUGUAGAUUUUACGUAAGAUUAGUUACUGUAAAUCAUGUCCAACUUAUCGUACUGAUAAGGUUUUGCAUUUCGUUAAUUUUGUAUAAUACUAUAUAUUGUAAUUGAAGCUAUACAUACGAUAAAAAGAUAUAACGAUCGUCAAAUCAAUGCAUUUAUUUUUUAAAGUAAUUUGAUAUUGUGAAAAAGAAAAAUUAGCAGAUUUGUAGAAGAGAUUUGUCAAGUGUAGCUUCUCCACCGACCUACAUUCAUUUGCAACUUUCGUAAGGCGCUGCGGCGCAGCAGAUUGUAAUGCCACCCUUUCAAUAUCUCGCGUUAAAACUGCACUCAAUCGCCUGCAAAAUUCCUGAUACUUCUAUCCGUUUGACAAGUAUUCCUUAUCACCUACGUACUUGCACAAUUGAUGGGUAUAAAACAUUUCCGCGAGCGUCGCUCUACUCCUUUACUUCCAUUCCAUACAACCAUCAGUACAUGCGACU